AUGCACUCCCUUAGGAUAGGAGACCUUGAAGUGUUGCGUGCCAGCCUUCUCACAGAAUUCAUUCUUUGCCCAAGCCCGGAGGUCUUUGGGUCCUUGAAGGAGCUUUACUUGCGCCCCGACAAAAAUGACCAGGAAAACGAGGUAAUUCCCAACUCACUACGCUGCGAGUUGCUAUUAACUCUGAAGGCAUACUGGCCGUUUGAUCCUGAAUUCUGGGACUGGAAAACUCUAAAAUAUCACUGCAUCUCCCUUCUGGGGUUGAGGCCGGAGUCAGAGGGGGAAGAGGAGGAGGCAACAGACAAUCGAGAGAAAAGUACACAACCUGAGUCUCAGGGAGUCGCAGUGAAAGUAGAAUCUGAGCAUCAAAAGAUGAUUAAUGGAAGUGUUGAUGGUGAUAAUGAGCAGAAGGAUGACAAGCAGGUUUCUAACUCACCAGAAAUCGAAGGAGAAUCGGAGUCAAAGAAACACAAGUUCUGUUGUAAGAUUUGGAAGAGGUCGGUCAGUGACACCCAAAUCAUUCACCACUCCAAGAGGCACGGAGAGGGCAACAAACACCCCUGCCCCGUGUGCUUGGAAAAGUUUAAGAGCAGAAAGGUUCUUGUUCCUCACCUAAAACAACACGUGCAGAGUAAAACUAAUCUCAACAUAAAGAAAGAAGAUGAGCAACUGGGGGAUGAAGAGGAUGAUGUUAUUGAACCAGGGGAGAUCACGGUUGACCCUUCCCUAAUGCAGUACUUCAAAUCCACACAUGAUCCAGAGGUGCUGCAACACAUCGUGCAACAAGCCAAAACGGUGAAAGAGAAGAAUUUAGAUGAGGAAGAGUAUGUAACGUUUGAGUACAUUGACCAACACUUCAACCUGCAGAAUCGGGACGAGUAUCCAUGUCCAGGAACCGGCUGCACUCGGAUUUUUAAACAUUGCAAGUACUUGUAUGUUCAUUUAAAGUCAGAGCACAGAGGUGAUGACAAUGUAAAACAUUUUCAGCAGAUGCGAGACAAGCGUGAGAAGUGUGUUUUUUGCAGACGCCAUUUAUCCUCCGCACACCAUCACCGCAAACAUCGAAGAGUCCACUAUGGAGAUCGGCCUUACAUGUGUGUGGCUAUGGAUUGUGGUGCUAAAUGUAAGACUUCCAUCGAGCUUAUCACGCACAAACAGACCCACGGCUUCCACCUCAACUACCAGUGUGAGUACAAAGGCUGCUAUGUCAUCUGCUCCGACUUGGGACAAAUCUACCACCAUGAAGCACAGCAUUUCAGAGAUGCAGCCUUUACAUGCCCAAGCGCUGACUGUAGUAAAUACUAUCUAUCCAAAAAAGAAUUCAUAAACCAUUUAUCCACACACAACAUCACCUUCUCUGAAAAAGACUUUGAGGGCCAGAGGAAGGCGAGGCGGAAACUUCUUAAGACGCUUACUACUGAAGUGUCAAACCGCCUUAAUAAGUCAAGUGAUGCAGCAGAGACUGAAAAUGGAGAUGUCCUAAACUCUUCCUCAACAAGUUGUGCCUCCUCUUUGCAAUCACCUGAUGGUAAGGAUCCCAAAACAGCAAUGACCCUGGUGGCUGUGUGUUUUGAUGGAAGCAAGUUUACUUGUGGUUUUGAGAAAUGUGGCAUGACUUUCUCCAGAGCCAGAGAUGUCCAGAGGCAUCUUAAGUGUGCCCACUCAGAACACCUCAAACUGGAGAACAAAGAACACAAACAUGACAAAGACAGGGGCUCAAAGUCCAAAGGGAUGAAGACUGAAACUGAGCCUGACUGUGAGGAAGUGGGAAAAGAGGAGCUCUUAACUCCAUUUCAACCCAUGAAGGCAGACGAAGAAAGAAAAGAAGAUACUGAACCCCAAAUCAACGAAACAAACUCUCCAAGCUUUCAAACUAAAAAUGAUGAUCUGAGUGAAGUCCUUAUUGGGCUCAGUAAACUGAACCUGAAUUCAUUAUCUCCUCAGUGUGCCAAUUGA